GGUGAACUCUUAACUACUAUUGGGUUUUUAAAAGAGGCUCCACAAGUUACUGCCCAUGGUUUCAACAUCUACCACAAGAACCGUCUUAUACGAGUAAUAAAAAAGCUUCGACCAACAGAAUCUCCACAAGAUUCACCUCUUGGCAUGUCAACUGGUAGUGACACAUUGAAUCAUGGUAUGCCAAAUGAUGCUAUAACAAAUCUGACAUCAAAUCAAAGCCACCCUUGUCUUGUUAGUGCAAAAGCAGCAUCUGCUGCAGGAUUAUCUUCAAAGAGGAAGGAACAUAGUGAUUUAGACAAACUUGAAAGCGUGAAAUGGCAGGCAGGGAGCGGGGACAAUGUAACUUUGUUGGGGCACAGUUUUGAAACAGAGGCUAUCAGUGAUAUUGCAAAUCAGCUGGAAGAUCCGGAUGUUGUGAACUUGAUAAAAGAAAACAAUAAUUUUCGUGCAAAAUGCUUGGAAUACAAGAAGAGGAGGGAAGUCCCUGAUUUGAAGGAUGGAAUUAAGAUUGAUGAUCUUGAGAUGGGUUUUGGAAGGGAUAAAGAUUUUGACAUGGCUAAGAAGUGA